AUGUUGCCACAAUGUUGCCGCAAUCUUUCUGUGCUGUAUGGGUUCUUCAGGCCUUGGUUGCAUAACGAAUGGAUAUUCUCAUUAACGUCAAAAGGUAGAGAACAAACAAAAAUUCUGAAGAUAUUGCAUGGAUUUACUGAGAAAAUUAUUGCAGAGAGAAAAAUUUAUCAUAAACUCUAUGAACAACAUAAGAAAAAUCUCAGUGAAAAUUCAGUCACAGUUGCAGAAACUACUGCAAUUAAAAAAAAAAGACUUGCUAUGUUGGAUCUUUUAAUAUCGGCAUCUCAAGAGGGUCUGUUAACUGAUUCCGAUAUUAGAGAAGAAGUUGAUGUCUUUAUAGCUGCGGGUUAUGAUACUACAACAUUAACUGUAUUCUAUACUUUAUCACUCCUGGCCGAACAUAAAAAUAUCCAGGAUUGUGUCAGAAAAGAAGUUGAUGCUAUUAUGCAAGAGAAUCAAGGAAAACUUACUGUUCAAUCGUUGCAAUAUCUACAAUAUUUAGAGAGAUGUAUAAAAGAAGCAUUACGUUUAUAUCCGAGUGGUUAUUUUAUAUCACGAGUUACUUCGGAAAAGGCACAGUUAAAAUCACAUUUAAUACCUGCCGGAACAAUAAUGUUUCUUAGUAUCUACGGUGUUCACAGAGAUCCUAAUUUUUGGCCAAAUCCAGAAAUAUUUGACCCAGAUAGAUUUUUACCUGAGAAUAUCCAAAAUCGUCAUCCUUAUUCUUAUAUACCAUUCAGUGCUGGACCACGUAAUUGUAUCGCGCAACGAUUUGCUAUGUUGGAGAUGAAAGCAAUGCUAGCUCCUUUAAUUCACAAUUUUUAUUUGGAGCCCGUGGAUUACUUAAAAGAUCUACGAAUGGCAUUUGAUGGUACGCUGUGCCCUCCUCAUCCACAUCGUAUAAAAUUUAUUCCAAUUGAUACAAAAUGCGUAUAAAUAUUUAAAAACAAA